AGAAGAAGAAGAACUACCGGUUGCGUACCGAGCGCUGGAGGAGGUCAACAUUAGCAUUUAGAACAUUCGCUAUGAAGAAACCCCAGCAAAGGCGGAGCUGCUCCGGGGAGAGGGAACGACAGUUGGAAGAGCGUAUCUUCAAGAGUGCCCUCAUCAAGUGGUACAAGCAGAUGAAGCGCAGCACAGACGAUGAAGCUCAACUGCUCGGUGCAAAAUCUGAAUGCAGUCGGCAAGAUGAAGAGACGAGCCGUGCAGCUCCGACACCACCCGUCAUCAAGCCAGCUGUUCAUCAGAGCGAGCAAAAGAAGAAUCGGGAGCCACAGCGAGCUUUUAAUCUGGCAAAGGAGGACGUCAGCAAUAGGAAGAAGUCCUACGCUCGUCAACAGAACGUUACGUCACAGCCAACUUCAUCAUCUACUACGACAACUGCACAGUCAGCACAGCAGGUGAAGAAGACUACACUCUCUCCUGCUGAUCGUGCAAGAAUGGCAUUCCCUGGAGUGAAUUCCCAGCAAGUGCCCAACGACUCUGCGACAAACACUGGCGCUUCUGGGGAGCCUAUUGCGAACAAAAGCGAACGUCAGAGGAUGAAGCUUGAGCUGAAACCAGGCGAAGUCCGCUCCUUGGCUGCACUACUCGGCCACUUCUGCUCAGGAGGACGUAGCAUUCCCAACAUUGCCUCUGGGAGACAAGGCAGAGACGAUUGUGCGGAAAAGGGCGCCAAGUCUGGCACAUCCAAAUCGCUGAAACAGUUUUCCGAUGACCAUAAUAGAGGGACGAGUCCCUUUCCAACGAGUAUCGAGGUUCUGAUGACCGUAAAUCAUUCUUACUCUACGCCGGCUUCUUCAAAGGGCAAAGACCUGACAAGACAUCUGUCCUGUUCAAGUGUUGCUCGCAAGAAGCGUGACCAGGAUGUCAUAUCCAUACCGAAGUCCCGAUUCAUCCUGGUGUCUGCUCUGCUUCUAUUUACAGUCAUCGUCUGCUUUGCCGUCACCAUAUACGCUUUCUCUACACCAAGAGAACCUACCGCUCACGAUAUUGAAACCAUAUUAGAGCCAUCAGCGAACAAUAUACGUGAACAGGCCAUAGAUGCAACGCCACACGCAGUGGAAGCAGCCUCCCGAAGAACGGCGGAUGCGUCGAAGCGAAACUGGAAUUCAACUCAGUCUGUUGCGUAUCAAAUUCCGUUUCGUAAACAUGGCACAAGCAUUAUAAAGAGAUUCUGAAAACAAGCGAUCAAUAAAUAUAUUCGGCAUACA